AUCUUCGUUGACCCAGGACUCAACUUCAACAUCGCGCCAAUACACUCCAACCACCAGUCAACCCCUGCCACUGGAUGGCGACGAAUGGGGCCAGGAUGGACUCCCGGAACACGCAGUAUCUCUUCAAGGAGACUCGUAUCAAUCUCGAGACCGCCUCCUCGGCCUUAGUCGUCAACAUCCGAGUUCCUUCCCCCACCGACGGAAGAACAACGUCCCGAAAAGUACAGACAUCCGAAAAGACAGCGAACGAGGAAGAAGGCACAUUCAGGCUGAAGAACUUGGCAAGAGCUUCUUCGGUGUUCCAUCGCAAAUGGCACGAUGCGCCCCGCAGUUUUCUCUGGCGGGUGUUGGAGGACGAUUCCGUCCUCAGCAUUCGGGCCAUCGAUGUCUGUAGGCAAGAGAAGGACCACGAUGCGCCGCUGGUUCUCAACUUUCGCUUUGCCAGCCCUAUCCAGCCGUCCUGCGUCGCCUUUGCGGAUCCUCGGGAACACGAUGCCUUGAGUAUUUUUGUCCUCGACCAGUCCAACUACCUCUAUUCUUUCACCUUGCGGCCUGACUACUUUAGAAAGCGGACUGCCAUCGAGGCCAACCCGGGAGAAGCAUGCAAGGUCUACUUGCCAUCAGUAUUCACCUUCAAACAUCCCCAUCGAAUGGUCGCCGCAACCUCCGAUCGAGUUGUCAUUGCCCUUCACGAUGGAGGCCUCGUGAGGUUGGACAGGAACAGAUCCGCUGACUCCAUGGCGAGCCCAUGGAAGGAGACGAUUUACAAUGCGCAGAGUUGGACCCAGGGUUUACGCAGCUUAAUCCCCUUUCAGGGCAAGUCGCCCGUCUGGCACGGCAAGGUCAAUAUGGAGUUGAACGCCGCCACAUCGAUGCAGGCCACAGAUCUCGGCCUGGAUGGCGCAUCUUUCCUCUUUACCGUUUGCCUCGACCACCGCAUGAGAAUAUGGAACCUCCACACGGGCCAAAUCCUCUUCACGGGCGACAUUCUGAAUGCUGAACGAAACGUGCAAGAGGUGGGCAAAUGGACCAUUGAUCCGUCACACACAAAUCUUCUUCGGGUCGUUGGAAACACCAUAGGCGCGAGGACGUGCGCUGUGUAUUCUCCGAUUGGCACUGGAGAGUUCAAGUUCUGGAACAUCAAGGCGCACGACGCGGACACCAUCUAUGUCGAAGACAACUACCCCGACGUCCAUUUUGUCCCAUCCUCACCCUCGCUUUCUGACGUAUGGACUCUGGCCGACUUUGCGCUAUCCACCCCUACUGCCGGCGACAUUCAGCUUUGGGCCUUGUGGAAAAACAACAUGACAUACCGGGUCCAAGAGGUGGAUUUGGAUCGAGAGAAUAUGGCAGAAAGCUGGGACAACGGCUGGGCGUCGGUCGUUACUGGUACUUCGACCGAACCGCCCCAAACCUCUGGCCCCAGCGAUCCAGUCAACGUGACUGACAAAUGGCUACGUCUCAUUCUCGCGCCUGGCCGAUUCACUAAGACGACACUGGAAACGGCUUUGUUGAUCUACGAGAAGGGUCUCGGUGCAGCCAAGGACGAGACGCCAAGGAGCCACAAAGGACUGGCGGAGUCGAUUUGCUCCGUCGUUGCGUUCGGCGCAACGCUUGAUCGGAACUCGUCGAGCGACAUGGGCUACGAACAGUUUAGAGCCAGCGGGGAGAUUCAGUGGCGACGUUUCCACAGGCUGCUCCUCGAGUUAGACAAGCAGCGGGGCGAGGCGAUCUCUCUAGAUUUUGACCCUCACAACGGCUUGCCGUGGGUGGUGUGCGCUGACUCUCUCUCUGUCAUCCGUGACUGCAGCGGUCUCGAGCGCUUGUACCACAAUCUGGCCCGCCCAGGGGAGGGCGACAAACAGGCUGUCACACUGCUCUCCACCGGUCUAGGGUUCUUGGACGCGUUUCCGGAUGCCAUGGUACAACUCUGCACUGCGGCGUUACGCUCGGAGAUUUUCGAGGAGACGGCGCGGACGGACUACGAACGUCUCCAACACAUCUGGGAUACUACGUCCUUCUGGCGAAGCGUUAGCGACGAGGACUGUGCCCAGGUCACGGAUAGUUUUGGCCCCAAGUUCGGGCUCGUCACGAUGGAUCUAUAUGGCGAGAUCUUUUACCUUCUCUCCCCCGACAUGGACUCGAGGAAUCGAAAUGUCCGCCACCCUUUGACCGGUUUCGGAAAGAGGGUCCUUGUCAAGGCAGUUGAGGAGAUGGUUGACAUGCUGUGGAGGAUUUGCUUGAGUCAGUUGCUGUUACUGAUCCACAUGGAGUUCGAUUGGGAGGACGAGGAAGACAUGCUUCAUAAACGACUGGAUGUCGGAGCAGUGUUCCGACAGUACCUGGACUGCCUUCGAAGGUUGGAUCUCCUGCGCUGGCUUGCGGGGACGGAACUCACAGUCCCUCUACAUUCCAGGGGAGAACGAUCAGGAUCCAUCUCCAACGGCUCUCCAAAAGUGACAAAGAAGAAGGACGACGAGGGCCAGGCGAUAACAGCUCUUGAGGAUAACAUUGGCCACCUCCUGGGCUUCCCCGAUGCGAACGGCGAGUCCCUUUCUACCGGCCUUACCGAGGCCGUCGUCAGUCUUUGCGCUGCCGACAGCGACAUUGAAGUGCCUCCAACCCUUAUCCAAUGCUCUCUGAUCCGGAGUAACCGGGCCGACCUAGCAUUGGAACUUGCUCCCUAUUGCGACCAGACCCCCUUUGCCGUAUACGUGCAAGGCCGAGUUUUCCUCGCGCUCAAAGACUACGCCUCGGCAGCCGUCAGUUUCCGGAAAGCGGCUGUCGGAAUGAGUAUCAACGAUCGAUCUCUGGAUCGACAUAGCAGCGGUCUCUUGGACGAUACCGAAUGGAACCUUCUUCACAAGGGCCCAUCUAGGUACUUCUGUCACAUCGUGUCCCUUUUUGAGAGGGCCAGGGCCUAUUCCUACGUGAUCGAAUUCGCAGGACUCGCAUUGCAAUUCUCUCACGCUAGCGAGGAGGCUGCGCUGGUGAGGUCCGAAAUGCUAAGCCGCCAGUUCAAUGCUGCCACGGCCACCUCCCGGUUCGACGUGGCCCAUUCUAGCCUCCUAUCUAUGAAGGACAAGGCGCUGCGGAACUCAUCCCUACGGAAGUUGUUGGAUAGGAUGUGCGAGUCGCAUUACACCAACGAUCUGGUGUCACUCCCGUUCCCUGGUCUACAGGACGAAAUCGACAGCAUUUUGGCUCAGAAAUGCAAGGGUACCAUGGAUGUCGUCAACGGGGUGCCAUAUCAUCAGAUCCUCUAUUCGUGGAGAAUCGCCCACAACGAUUAUAGGGGCGCGGCCUCGGUACUGAUGGAUCGCCUGCAGAAGUUGGAGCACGCGGGCGAGGGCGACAAGUUCGUUGGGGAGGACACCCUUGACACUCCGGUGACGAAGCAGUACCUGCUGCUCAUCAAUGCGCUCAGCUGUGUUGAGCCGAAGCAAGCGUGGAUCUUCUUGGAGGAGCUUCCGCCUCCCAACUCCCGGGGAACCGACUUCCAGGCCGAGCGCAAGGUCGUCACGUUGGCUGACCUGCGCAAGCAGUAUCAGGAUGAGCUGGACAGGAUCACGGCGAUCCAGAAUAAUCAGUUUGGGUUUGAGGCAGGGGACGAAGUCGUGGAUAUUCUGUAAAUCUUUCAUCUCGGUGCAUAAUGAUUGCAUUCGGUAAACCAAACGAACAAAACAACAGGUACCCGCCGGAGAGCCUAGAUACCCGACGAACGUGGACGAAAAUGGGAUUUGGGGUAAUAAGUUUUGUUUGUAGGUCUGGCCUGUUAUUCUUCUGAGAGACGAUGCCCAAGGGGCAAAUCCAUUUAUCAAAGCCAACGCCGUGCCCAUGCCAAGGAUAUAAUGAAUGAAAGAAACGCAAAACAUUGUACACAGCAUCCUUGGACACCAAAACAACGAGUGUCUCCUGCACCAUCAUUCACUACGCCGCCGGUACUGAUUCAAUCCUAUUCCGACUGUUAUCAGGGGCAGAGGGUGU